AAAACUCGAGGACAAAUCUGUCAUUUUAAACACUACGAGCCUUGCCUUUAAAGUGUCGCUACUCACAGUGGAUGCCCGCCGUGUUAAUCACCAAAGCCAACAGGCCACGUUAAACCAGUGACGACAAUCUCCACGUGUCUUCCUCUUAUUGGUUGAGCUCCCAUAGAUCCACGUCAGACUGCGCAGUGAAAAUCGUCACUAUAUAAACGCUGUCCUCACUCGUCUCACUCACUGCAUUCACUCGCUUCAAUCUCAUACAACAGCCAGCCAUGGCGAUUGCGCAGGGAAAUUUGCGGGCACUCAACCUUCGAUUUCUCUCUCUAUCCCUCUCCCUGUCUCUCUUCAUUGUCGCGUCCUCCACCAAAGUAUUCUUCGAGGAGCGUUUUGAUGUUGGAUGGGAGGACCGGUGGGUCAAAUCCGACUGGAAGAAAGAGGAGAAUUUGGCUGGUGAGUGGAAUUACACCUCUGGAAAGUGGAAUGGGGAUGCCAAUGACAAAGGUAUCCAGACCAGUGAAGAUUUAAGGUUUUAUGCGAUCUCAGCUGAAUUCCCUGAAUUCAGCAAUAAAGAUAAAACAUUGGUUUUCCAGUUUUCUGUCAAGCAUGAGCAGAAGCUUGACUGUGGUGGUGGAUACAUGAAGUUACUCAGUGGUGAAAUAGACCAGAAAAAAUUUGGUGGUGACACCCCUUAUAGCAUCAUGUUCGGACCAGAUAUCUGUGGCUACUCCACCAAAAAGGUCCAUGCUAUUCUGACCUACAAUGGAACGAACCACUUGAUCAAGAAGGACGUUCCAUGUGAGACUGACCAAUUGACUCACGUAUAUACUUUCAUACUUCGCCCAGAUGCUACUUACAGCAUCCUCAUUGACAACUCGGAAAAGCAGACUGGUAGCUUAUACACUGAUUGGAAACUUCUCCCUCCAAGGAAGAUCAAGGACCCUACAGCCAAAAAGCCCGAGGAUUGGGACGAUAAGGAGUUCAUUGACGAUCCAGAGGAUAAAAAGCCAGAGGGUUAUGAUGAUAUCCCAGAAGAGAUUGAAGAUGCUGAAGCCGAAAAGCCUGAAGACUGGGAUGAUGAGGAGGAUGGAAAAUGGACUCGUCCAACCAUCCCCAAUCCAGAGUACAAGGGCCCAUGGAAGGCAAAGAAAAUCAAAAACCCGAACUACAAGGGCAAGUGGAAGGCACCAAUGAUUGACAACCCAGACUUCAAAGAUGAUCCAGAACUCUAUGUUUUCCCUAACUUGAAGUAUGUAGGCGUUGAGUUGUGGCAGGUGAAAUCUGGAACAUUGUUCGACAAUGUCUUGGUAACUGAUGACCCUGAGUAUGCUAAGAAAGUUGCUGAAGACACAUGGGGAAAACAAAAGGAUGCUGAGAAGGCUGCUUUUGAUGAGGCAGAAAAGAAGAGUGAAGAAGAGGAAUCGAAGGAUGACCCAGAUGACUCUGAUGCUGAAGAUGCAGAUGAUGAUAAUGAUGACAAAAAUGACGGUGCUGCAGAUGAUGGUACCAAAGCUGAUCUUGCGGACAACUCAGCCGAUGACGAUAAACAUGACGAACUAUAAGUAUAAGCACUUUGAGAAAUGCAACAUCUCUUGCCUGACAAGCUAAAAGGAUUUUCCAGUUUUACUUUGUUUUCCAUCCUUAGUUUCGUCUUUUUUUUUUUUUUUU